AUGGCUCCAAUACAUAGCUUUUUAACGGGAUUUGUGGCACGCAGUCUGGUCGCGGUCAUCCUGGACCCCUUCUUAGUGGUCAAAACCCAUGCAGAAUCUGGUCGUUUUACUGACCGAUCCAUGUGGGCUGCGAUAAAGCGCAUUCAUAGUCAAAGUGGAUGGCGAGGUCUCUACAGCGGUGUUGUAGCAACAAUUGCCCGUGAUGGUCCCUACUCUGGAUUGUAUUAUGUUGCUUACUCGGGAAUCAAACCGCUGUUUCUACUGGCUUUCCCUAAUGAGAAUGGUCAUUCAGUAAAUUCCAUUCUUGCGGUGGCUUCGUGUGCCACUGUUGCCUCGUGUGUUGCGGCGGGGAUUACUCAACCGGCUGCCGUGCUUCGUGUCCAGCGCCAACUCAUGCUUACUCCUGCUUCCCGCAAUAUUCUUCUCGGUGCGGAUCAGCCCAGAGUGCAACUGAACUGGCGUACUGUAUUCCGGACUGUUUACCAAACCGACGGGCUGCGCGGUUUAUGGCGUGGAUUUCUAUUCCGACUGUUACGUCGCACGGGAGUGGGUGUGAUCAGUUGGACACUGUAUGAACAUUUGACUUGA